AGACUAAGUAUUCUCAUGAAGUAUUGGAAAAUCAACAGCUUAUAAAGAAGGGUUUACCUGCUAAUGAAUACCUAUAUAAAAUUUCCAAACCCAGUGAAAGAUUUAGUUACAUUGUAGUAGUACCUGAAGAGAUUUAUGAAAACUGUGGGAAAAAAAUACCACAACAAAAAGGAGACUGUAUGGAAUACCUAGAUGUAGUAAAAAAGUUCAACAAGAAAAUAAAUAUUGAUUAUUAUAUUGAAAGUUUAUUUGGUCUCUGUGCCUGUUUUAUAAAUUAUGAUGAUAAAUACCAACCAUUGCCUGAAUCUCUCUCAAAAGUCUUGGAUCGCAAAAAGAAAUCCAGGGAGAAGAAAUUAAAAAUUGCUAAGGAUUUAUUGCAAAGCAAUGACUCUCUGAGUUUAGAUGAAGAUGAAAUAGCAAAAAUUAAAGAUGAAGAGUCACAGAAGUUAGCUAAAAAAUGGCUUAAAAAUGAUAUUAAGAACUUACAUAAUGCUUCAAAAAAAGAGAAAGCUAUUAUCUGCCAUUUAUGGAAAGAUGCUACUACUCACACAGAAAAAAUAUGUUCUGAUAUUAGCAAAGCUGGCAUAAUUAAUAAUGAUUUCUUUAAUGUGUUAAAUAAAAUUAUAAAUUCUAUUUGUUUAAAGUUAUCAGAUCUACUUUCAAAAUUGUCUAAGCUCAAUGUAGAAUAUAGAAAUAGGUUGUAUGAAUUAAUUAUGCAGACACAAAAAUACAAGACUAAUAUUACAAUUUUGGAAGAAUAUAUAUUUCGAUAUAAUCUGGAAUCAGAAUAUAAAGCAUUAAUAGAUUUCUGA